AUGGCCCGCCAGCGGUCUCCUCGCUCACGAGAUGAUCCGGCCCGUCAGUCGGCUUUCGAAACCGGCAUUCUGCCACUCCUGGGGAUCAGCGACGACACAGCAUCGUCUGCGAUGUCCUUCAGCUCCUUGCCAAGUGACCAGGAGAUUGUCCGGCUGUUUGAGGUAUUCCGGCAAAGAGCCCAUCCGUUUCACGUCAUCACGUACGAUCUGGAUCAUAUUGAGGCGAGAGCUUGCGCUCUUGUCACGUCUGGACGUGUUACGGCCUCGGAAUGUCCAGAAGACCCCCGGUGGCUUUGCCUGCUUCAUGCGAUUCUGGCGACUGGUGCUCAGUUCUCGGAACUCUCAUUUCAUAAGAGGCUGGCACUGUCGCAGCAGCACACAAAACACGCCUUCGACCUUCUCAGAUGCACCGACUAUCUCGCGAAGCCAACUAAAGAAGCAAUCCAAACCUUGCUUCUUCUUGGAAAUGUGUUGCAAAACGACAUGAAGCCACAAGCAGCAUGGGUUCUAGGAGGAACCACAAUCCGUCUCGCCCAGUGCCUCGGCAUCCACAAGAAACCCGACCGCUUGGUGCCUGCACUGAUCCCUCAAGAAGAGGCCAAGUAUCUGAGCCUCACCAACUACAGAUUGGCUAUCGUCUGGCAAGAUGCUCUUCUGGCACUUGCGUUCGGCCGGCCGCCAGCGUCUCAUGACAUGGAUUUCGAAGAAGACCUACCACCUCUCACAAAUCCCCCCACCAAUGGAAGAAUAUCGUAUCUGGAAGCAAUGAACUGGCUAUGUCACGUCACAUUACGUCAUGUGUCUUCACGACAGGGCCUUCCAAACCAACCGCUGGCCAUGCUUGAUGAUAUGCGUUCAGUCGAGAUCUCCCUGUCACCACACCUCACUGAUCCUCAAAAAGGGGAACCAAUCCGCCAACUGCAGGAGUUUUACGCUUUCGAACUGCACAAGAACUUUGUCGUAUCUACUCUUUGUCGGCCGUUCAUUUCUAGUUCCAGCUCUAGGCAGGUGGAUGAUACUGACCGAUCUGUCAUUGUGGAACAGUUUCGAGACUCGCUCCGGCGCAGUGUUCGAGCAUACGUCCGAUUGAGAACAAUUACGGGCCACGCGAGACGUUCUUGGGCUUUCAUUCACAAUGGGCUCACUUCAGUCUUAUUGCUGAGUCUGAUGCGUGAAACGCGGUACCUACCGGAGACGCGGACCCUACAAGACGAGAUGAUCACAAGUUUCUCGGAUUCUGACCCAGAUUCGAUGGCUGAUAGCUCGGGGCAUUUAUCCGAGACUCUGAAGAAGGCACUGAAAGCUCUUCAGACUCUUCAGUGUUUAGCGGAUCGCGACUUGAUAUCCCGAGGUCGUAAUGAAGAUGCGGUUAACAGAAACGAUGCACCACUGGAGAACAACUCUGGUCAAAACCCAGCUCAACAAGGAGAUCAAGAUAGCUUCUGGAAUAUGGGUGGGGACGACUGGUCCUUUCCUCUCAACUUCGACAUGUCACCUCUUGGCGCCUUUGACUAUAUCAUGUCAGACCAAACUUUCUCUGGAGACUCAUUUCUGCCAAUCAUCUAA